AUGGCGGAACUUCCGUCGGAAGUAAUCACCGAAAUCCUCUCUCGCGUUCCGGCCAAACCUCUCCUCCGUAUCCGCGCCACCUGCAAGUGGUGGCGCUCCCUCAUCGACAGCACCGACUUCGUUUUCUUCCACCUAACCAAAUCUCGACACUCCAUCGUCAUUCUCCGGCAACACUCUCGUCUCUACGAACUCGAUUUGAACUCCAUGGAUAGAGUCAAGGAACUCGACCAUCCUCUCAUGUGUUACAGUAACAGCAUCAAGGUUUUAGGCUCCUGCAACGGCCUUCUCUGCAUCUGCAACAUCGCCGACGAUAUCGCUUUCUGGAAUCCGUCAAUCCGUAAGCAUCGGAUUAUUCCAUCGGAACCGCUCAUCCGGAAAGAAACGAAGGAAAACACCGCGAUAACUACUUUAUUGGCUGCUCGUGUUUACGGAUUCGGUUACGAUUCGUUCUCCGGCGAGUUUAAAUUGGUUAGCAUUUCGUAUUUUGUCGAUCUUCGUAACCGUAGUUUUGAUUCGCAUGUUAAGAUUUAUACUAUGAGGACUGAUGUUUGGAAAACCCUAACGAGUAUGCCUUAUGCUCUGUGCUGUGCUAGAACCAUGGGGGUUUAUCUUUCCGGUGCGUUGCACUGGGUUGUGACUCGAGAUCUUGAACCGGAGUCACUUGAUUUGAUUGUUGCGUUUGAUUUAAGGUUUGAGGUUUUUCGGGAAGUGAAGCUUCCGGGGAGUGUGGAUGGGAAAUUGGAUAUGGAUGUGGCAGUGUUGAGAGGAAUGCUUUGUAUGGUUGAGAAUAGAGCGAGUGAAGGUUUUGAUGUUUGGGUUAUGAGAGAGUAUGGAUUAGGUGAAUCGUGGUGUAAAGUGUUUACGGUGGAACAACCGCGUGAUGUUAAGUUGAUAAAAUUGUUGAAGCCUUUGGGUUAUUCGAAAAAUGGGGAUAAGGUUUUGUUUGAACAAGAUAGUAAGAAGCUAUGUUGGUAUAACCUUGCUAGUAAAGAUUUGAGUUGGGUUAGAAUUUCAGGAAUGCCUAAUAACAUUGAAGGAACUGUUUGUAUUGGAAGUCUUGUUCCGCCUAGUUUGCAGAGGCGAAUUGUUGAACGCAAAAAACCGAAAUCUGUGGAUGAAAAUAAUAAGAAAAGGGAUGACUUCCUGUCCAAGGGAUUCAAAUUAACGCUGUAA